CGGUGCUGUCAGAGGAUUCAUUGAUAGCAUUGUUGUUCGGUUUCGCGUGCGUCUGAAAGGGGAGAAACAGCUCACCGUACAAUUUCACGGAAAAACAACGUUUUAAAGAAUUUAGACCGUCCGAAAACAAGAUGACGGUUGAUUCCGAUACCGGCGCUUUGGCGGAACCAGUAGCGCAGGAAAAAAUACGAUGCUUUUUCGACGUUACCCUCGGCGGCUUGCCGGCUGGUCGUAUUGUGUUCGAACUGUUCCCAGCAGUUGCGCCGAAAACGUGCGAAAACUUCCGCGCCCUGUGUACGGGUGAAUGUGGCAUCGGUCAGAAGACGGGAAAAGCACUGUAUUACAAGGGAAUUAUUUUCCAUCGUGUGGUGAAAGAUUUUAUGAUCCAGUCCGGAGACUUUUCGAACGGGAAUGGAACCGGUGGCGAAUCGAUUUACGGUGGCACGUUUGAGGAUGAAGCUUUCACCCUGAAACACGACCGAGCAUUUUUGCUCUCCAUGGCCAAUCGUGGUAAAAACACGAAUGGCUCACAAUUUUUCAUUACAACGCAACCUGCACCACAUCUUGACAAUGUACACGUUGUAUUUGGUCAUGUUGUAUCCGGCCAGGAUUUAGUACGACAACUCGAACAGCUACCGGUCGAUCGUAAUUCGCGUCCACUGCAAGAUGCAGUGGUUUCUAACUGUGGCGAACUAGUGCGGCAGAUAAAAGUCAAAAAGGAGAAAAAGAGCAAGAAAGCUGCAGCAUCGAGCGAUGAAUCGGACGAUGAUUCUAGUCGAAAGCGUAAGAAAGAUAAAAAGAAAAAACGUGGCAAAGAUUCGUCCCCGCGUACAAAACGUGCCCCCGAUGCUGAUGCAUCAGUCGAGGAAGGUGAGCUAGAAGAUGAGAUGCACCCGAUGGCGACAGUGACCAAAAUUGAUCCGGAUGAAAUCCCGGAGGUAUCUAACAAAUACCUAAUGCGUAGCGAUAAUGCAACCAAACGCACCGGCGCCCAGCAGGACGACGAUCGCAAACGCGACAAUCGGGCGAAAGACCAGCGAGGGUUCGGUUGGCAGAAGAAGAAUGUACCAAUGUCUCGCAGCGGGCGUAUCAUCAAGGGACGAGGACACUUUCGCUAUCGUACGCCAUCAAGAUCCCGUAGCCGCUCCCGCAGCCAGACGCCAAUUCAUUGGCGUGCCGCACAAAAACGCACGAUCAAGAUGACCGAUCUGGAAAAGCUGGAAGAUGAGAAACGGCAGCGUGAAACCGAAAUCAAGCGCAGGGAAUCGGAGCGUAAGAAGCGUCACGAGGAGCUUGCCAAAGGUGUUUCAAAGAAGUCUUUCUUCGAGCUCAACCAGGAACAGUCUGGCCCGCGUGAAAAAUCCACCAGCGAAUCGUCCGAAGUGGAGGCAAGCUCCAAACGCGCUGCACCGGACUCUGUCAAGGAACAGGCAGCACCGGUGCGUGGCAAAUCUAACGGUUCGAUCGAUAUGAACGCGCUGGAUUAUGAGCAUCAUCCGGCUGGAACGUCCGAUACCGAACCAGACGAAGCGACGCUUAAGAAGAGUGACACACUAGCCAAAGCGCUCGGUGUGGAACCGAAAAAGAAGUCGAACGAGUCGAGCAAACCGGACGAACGUCGCAAGCCGGUCGAUGAGCGAAGACGCGAUCGUUCGCGCAGUCGCUCGCGUGAUCGUCGCCGAGGUGAUGGUUAUCGCGGUCGUUCACCGGCAGGUAACUAUCGUGGUGGUGGAGGAGCAGGGAAUCGUAACCGGCAACCAUUUGGGUUCCCGGGUGGUCCUCACUAUAAUCGCUACGGGAGCCAACAGCAACAAGUUGGAAACCGGCGAUAUGGCGGUGGGAAUAACGUUGGUGGAUCCUACUACUCACGGCCUCGUGGACGCUUUGGUGGUGGUAAUAAUGAUCGCUACGAUCGCGAUCGGUCGCGCCGGUCACGCAGUCACGAUGGUGGCUCAUCGCGUCGCUCGCGCAAAGAUCGUUCCGAGAGUCAUUCGCGUUCUAGAACGCCUGAAUAUAGGCGUCAUCGUAAGGACCAUAGUUCGUCGGGUAGUUCCCCGGAACGGGAUGAGCGUUCGAGGCGCAAUCGAUCCAUCACACCGGCCAAACGUCGCUCAGCUUCCCGUCCGGAGGCAAACGACAAUGCUCGGGAAAGAGCGGCCAAUGGAAAAGAGUUGGACAAAUUCCGCGACAAGAGUCCGGGUUCGGUCGCAACGGCGAUCGUGGUCGCUGCUACAGCUGCCGUAGAGGCAGCAAAGAUGCCAGCAGCAGCCAUUAAGCAAGAGAAGCUGUCGGAGGACGAAAAGGCCCGAAUGCAGAAGGAAAAGAUGCUGAAACGGGCCGAAACACUGUUGCUGCUCAAGAGCCACAUGGAGAAGGAAAUAGAGGAGCAGCAGCGCAAGGCACGAGAGAAACAGCAACAGCAGCUGCUUCUUCGCAAGCAAAAAGAGGAACAGGAAGCCCGAGCGCUUGAUGCGGUCAUGGAUUUGGCACAGCUGAAGCAGCUCAAGAAGGAAACGAUCCAAAAGCUUAACGCACAAGAGGCGGCACAGCGAAUACUGGAGACGGUGGUCACGAAUGUAAAUGCCGCCGCUGCUGCUGCAGCCGCUGCCGGGUCUGGCGGCACUGCUGGCCAGAAGAAAAAGACCAGAGCCAGCCACAAGCGCCGGUCGUCCCGCAGUUCUUCGUCGUCGUCAUCCUCUUCCUCCUCCUCGUCGUCGUCGGCUGCUUCCAAAAAGGAGAAACCCUGCAAGAAGCGUAAGGACAAAAAACGUAAAGCAAGGCGCCAUUCGUCCAGCAGCUCGUCUUAGGUGACAUAGAGUGGGUCCAAUACUUCAAUUUCUUUCUAUUUUCUUCGCGUGCAGAAGUAUGAUUUUAAACGAUACAACUUUCUUCCCCUAUGGGUUUUGGGGGCUUAGUCAUGAGUCUACCACUAGCGGCAGGUUAAAUAGCAUAGUUGGUAAUGCACGGCUUGAUUGAACUGAAUGUCUCGAGCCAUACCAUCCAUUCGCUGGAUUUAAAGUCUAUUAGGCAAUAGGCAGAAAUAAUCCUUGCUAGGGAGGAAACAUGGUUGGUUGAGGGUAAAUUUGGCUCCCAGGACUCGGGAUGUUUCACCGUAGCAACCGGCAGGAAGUACCCGCGCACAACACACAACUCCCAAACGCUUGAUUCGUUCCGCGCAAUGAACAGUAGGCAUUGCUCUUCACAAAUUUGAAAUUUUCUUGAAUAACACUAUAUAAACAAUUUCAAUAAACUUGUCUUUACCAACAGCA